AUGUCCAACCCAUUCCAGAACAACAUCCCACCCUACACGCCCAUGAAAUCCCUGGGCCACGAACUAGGCAUCUUAUUCGGAUUCCUAGUAGCGUGUUUCGUCGUGAUGGGCGUGUAUGUGUAUUUCUGGCGUGCAACCGAACACCGCGAAGACCAACGCACAAAACUCCGCCACCAGAUGCAACGCACCCGCGGUGUGGACCCGCAUCUGCGCCAACGACUCCUAAACCCAAACUACCAAGCAAUGGGCACAUCGACGACCAUCACCGCCGGAGCGGGACUGGGAGCGGGACCGGGCCCUGGCUCUGGCUCUGGCGCAGCACCGGGGUCAGGAUCAAGCUCGUGGCCGUGGCCUGGUAGCUCCACGCCGCGGAUGAUGGCGACUACCACCACGUCUUCCCUGGCUGCUACGGCGUCUGGGUCGGCGAUCGGGAUUGAGAAGGUGAUUGAGCGGGCGGAGGGGUUGGGUUCCUUUGGGUAUACGCCUGGGUCUGGUUUUCCCAAGGGUGGUGGUAAUGGUGGUGGUAAUGGUGGUGGUUCUGGGGAACAAAAGGUGGAGGGGACGGUUGGGAAAUGGGAAGUAGGUUCGGGGGUGGGCUCGGGACUGAGUAAGAGGGGGCUGAGUUUGAGGUCGCAUCCUGUUGCUUCCGCUACUUCCUCCGGGGUUGGGGGAUAUGGUGGUGGGAUGUCUGGGUCGACUCCUGUUAGUCGGAGUGGGAGUCCGGGGGUGGGAGCUGUGAAGAAGAUGGCCGGGGGUGCGGGGGUGGGGGAGAAUGCGGACAAUGGGGUCGAGAUGGAGGUUAUGGGUACGGGGUCGAGAUGGGGUGGACAUUGA